UAGAAAAGAAAAAAAAGGAAAAAAGGAAAAAGUAGAAAAAGAAAAAAGAAAAAAGAAAAGUCAGUCGGUUAUUUCUAUCGUUGAAGAGAAAAGCUCCUCGAGCUAGAAAACUAUCCGGCUUCGAUCACGUUUAAAAGUAAACGCAAAGUUAAAGUGUAGAAGAAGAAAGAUAGUGUAGUUGAACUUUUGGUAAACUCCUGAAGGGGAGUCACUCGAAGUCGUGUCGAGCCGCCGGUGGGUAGCUCCAGCAGUUGCUUUCCAGUGCAUAACUUGUUGCUCAUACGUAAGCAGUGAUCCAAAUCGUUUCGUCGAUUUCAACGCGUACAGUGUAARAACAGAACAGAACAGAAAUAAAAACCAGAUCAAAGAAAAGAAAAGACAAAAAAAACCCCUUCCCCCAAAAAAAAACAGGAACAUAAAGGUCUAAAGGGAAGGUGACAAAGGGUGAAUAAAAAAAAAACACUGAUAUUUGUUUGAAAUUAAUAAAGAAGAUGCCACACGCGUGGGGUUGUCAUCGAUGACAACCCUUCUACUUUGAUUUUCAUCAUCUCUCUGUUGUUCUAUUUUUAUUUUUAAACGUCCAAUGGGAGAAUGCAUUGAAUCCUGAAGAAUACAACCCCUUCGAAAGGAUUUCCAACUAGCAAAGGGAUUUUCAAGCUUUGCCUGUUCACGUUUCUUGUUAUCCACAGCUUAAAGUGCGAUAUCGAAGAAAGCAAAAGGAAAAUAUACAAGAUGGAAGUCAUAAUCGAUAAGAUUUCAAACAAUUCAACGAAUCUUAAUAAACUAUCGAUGAUAAUAGAACAUUGACACAAUUUUGACAAUUGAAAUAAAAAGUAUAUCGACUUUAAAGAUCGAAUCGAUUUUCGAUAAGCCGAUCAUGAUGCGUAUAGCGAAAAGAUGAUGACCAGCGGUCGUUGAUGACCGCUCGAGAAACCGAAUUUCUAUACUCCUCGUCUCAGAAUGGAGGAAAACGUCAGUGCAGCAGCUAAUGCGACAAUCGACAAUUUCGAUUUUACAAAUCCCUGGGUACUACUAAGGGCCACCAUAUUGGCUCUUUUGAUACUCGUCACUAUAGUUGGGAAUUUGUUCGUUAUAGCGGUGAUCCUGUUGGAACGGAACCUACAAUCCGUGGCAAAUUAUUUAAUCGUGAGCCUGGCCGUCGCCGACCUUAUGGUUGCUUGCCUCGCCAUGCCACUCGGGGCUGUUUACGAGAUAAACUCGAGAUGGUCUCUUGGGCCGGGACUCUGCGACAUAUGGACCAGCAGCGACGUACUUUGCUGUACGGCAUCGAUAUUGCAUCUGGUGGCUAUCGCGGUCGACAGAUAUUGGGCUGUCACCGAUCUCAAUUAUAUACAGGCAAGAAAUCCAACGAAGAUUGCUAUCCUGAUCGUGUUGGUUUGGGUUGUAUCAUUGGGAAUUUCAUUGGCACCACAAUUUGGUUUAAAAGAUCCAGAUUAUUUAAAACGCAUAAACGAUGGUGAAUGUAUCGUAUCGCAAGAUCCAACGUAUCAGAUUAUUGCAACAUGCGCAACGUUUUAUCUACCAUGUCUGGUGAUUUUGUACCUUUACUGGAGGAUAUUCCAAGCAGCUCGGAAACGUAUCAGAAAGAGGCCAGGAACAAUCGUUCAACCUCCUCGCGAAAGAAGAGGAAUCCUACGUUACGUAACAAAAAGGCAAAGAGAGGAAUCAACGGCGUUCACAAUAACACGUUCAACACCGGAUCAUUCGUCGAUUUCUCCGGAAAAGUCAUCGUCGUAUAACGAUGGGAACGUGGUCCAAUCGACAGGUGGAAACUUAACAAGCAAUACUGCAGCCAAUUCGUCGAAUUCAACGACUCAAAUGACAAGUGGAGCAGCAGCAGCUGUAGCAUCGGCAGCUGCAACAGCAGCAGCAAUAACAACAACAGCAACAGCAACAACGACGACAACGACGAUGACAACAACGACGACGAGUGGUCCAAGUUCUUCGGCAACUUCAACUACGGUACGUCAAGCAACAUCGACGAAAAGGAAUCGCGAGACAAUCGAAUCGAAGCGUGAAAAAAAAGCAGCAAAAACAUUGGCAAUCAUCACCGGUGCCUUCGUCCUCUGUUGGCUACCAUUCUUCCUUUUAGCGCUUUUACGUGUGAUUUGUUCCGAGUGCGAGAUACCCGACAUAGUCUACAGUGUCUUCCUUUGGCUUGGCUAUUUCAACAGUACACUCAAUCCUGUCAUUUACACCGUAUUUUCACCCGAAUUCAGGCAAGGCUUCAAGAGAAUGCUCUGUGGUAGCUCCAGGGUGACACGCUGACAUUGGAUUUAAUUUCCUUUCCCGUUACCACCACUAUAUACUAAACCAUUUACUACCAUCACUACCCACCACGACACUACACCGAUUAUAAUAUCAUUGGUACUACUCUCUUAAAGGAAGAACUUUUAAUCUUUUCUUUCUUUCUUUCUUUCUCUCUUUCUCUCUUACUCUCUUACAAACACAAGUCUGAGAAGGAAUAAUAGAAAGUACGGAAACUCUUACCUCUCUUACUUUCAUUUAUCUUCAAUCUUUCUUCCUUCCAACUUCAGUCUCCUUUAAUCACAGUUAAUUGAUCAUUGAAGAUUAACAAUUAUCCAACAUUUAAUUUACCAAGAAAUAAUUGAGUUUAUCAUUUACAAUUAGUAAUCCAUCUUUUAUCACUUCUCCUCACACAGAUUUAUUCAUAACAAGCGCACACAGAAGAGGUCUACAAAACACCAGGCAUUAACUUUUUCUUCCUUGUAACCCUUCUGUUUUUCCACUUGAAUAGCAAUGUAUUAUAUCUCGUGUAUAUAACGCAUAUAUUCUAGAGUUAAAGGUCACACUUGGAACAUGGCCAAAAACCAUGAGUACAUAUAUAAACACAUACGCGUACACACACAUAGAUACAUUUCUACAAAAACGUAGUAGCUAACAUACUUGUAUACACAUUUAAUUAAACGUACGGUAGAAGAAUCGCGUGUUUAAUCGUGAUCAACGUUGACAUCUUGUUUUAUUCCUUUUUUUUGCUUUUUUUUUGUUUUGGUUGUGGCAAACGAUUUACCCCCUUUUUAACAGUUCCAAUUCUAGGCUGGACCGACAAUCAGUGGUGCGAUCUCUACUGAUCUAAAUCGUUUAACCGUAAGAAUAAUAAAAAAAAAAAA